UGUUGCGUCAUAUACAUACAAAAGAUAGUAGUUUUCUUAUCUGAGUGACCCAAUUUCAGUCAAAUUACUUAAUAUUCUUGAUACACGAGAAGAGAAUAAUCUUUCAUUCAAGCAUGUUCUCUUUUACUGUUUUACUCGGGAUAGGAACUUUUAUAACAGUGUGUUCGUGCUUAUGCCAGAAUGGCUGGACACGUUUCAAUGAUUCUUGCUACCUAAUUGGUUACGGACAGCAUUUAACUUUUGUCGAAGCGGAGAAUUAUUGCACGCAACACAACGGGCAUCUUAUCCACGUGAACACUGCAGAGGAAAACGUUUUUAUCGUUGACAUCCUACAUAAAACUAAAGCUUCUUCCAGCUGGGUUGGAAUAUCUGACAUGGAUGCAGAGGGACUAUGGCAAUGGUACGGCACGUCACAGAAACCAGAGUUCACCUACUGGUACCCAGGGCAACCAGGGGGAGGUCAGCCUGAAGACUGUGGGGUUUAUACUGCCCAUCAUCCGGACUAUAAAUGGGAUGAUUACUCAUGUGACCAUCACUUUCAACCAAUCUGUGAAUCAAGUACCAAUGUCGUAGAUUCAAUUAUUGGCAAAUAAGUAAAUGUAUGUGAAAUAUAGCUGUAAAGCAACUAAUAAAUUAUUGAAAAAGCA